UCGAAUUUAAGGCAUUCCCGCAUUUGGAUAAUCCGUGGGGUUUUUCCUGGCCCUCUGUUUGAAUUCUAUACCUAAUGGAAUCUACUGGGCACAAGAGAAAAUUUGCUAGUAGCUCAGAAAAAGAUCUGCAGGCCAUGCAAAUAAUAGAUCAGGAAUUCCAGCCUGAAAAGGUGCUGAGAUUAUUCGGGGUUGAGCUCAGACAGAAGGCCGAAGAUGGGUUUAAUGAGAAGGGCGAAGAUGAAACUGAGGAAAAAGAAAAAUCCAGCGUGGCCACUGAGGAGAAAGAAAGAUCAAGCGUUGUAGAUAAUGGCGGCCGCAAAUUUGAAUGCCAGUUUUGUUGCCGCAAGUUCGGCAACUCGCAGGCCUUGGGCGGGCAUCAAAACGCCCACAAGAAAGAACGUCAGAGAGCAAAGCGAGCACAUGCAAGAGCGGUUAACAGUCUGUACGGGGUCCCCAUGCAAAAUCGAUUCCCUGGUACGGCUCUUCUCAAUCCACGCUAUGCCGCCAUGACUUCGAUGAUUCCACCAGGCGCUUGUUCCAAUAUUAACGCUUCGUUUGUCGUCCCGCAUGCAGAAACGAUUCGGCCAUCAUGGUUUUACAUGCCUUCGCCGCAGUCUGUUCGUUGUGGUUUCUCUUCUUUUCCUGGUGGCUCUUUUUCGCCAGUUUGUUUUCCUCAGCCCCGAAUAAGGCCCAAAUAUUUACAGCCUCGGGUCAUUCCUCAAACUGAGCAAUUGAUGGUGGAUUUUAACUCAGGCAGAGAAAGCAAGGUGGAAAGCUCAAUCCAUUCUUCUCCUUCCACUACUGGUUUGAAUCUGCACUUGGGCAUCGGUCCAGCGGGAUCUUCACUACUGUAAUUUUUUUGUUAUUUAUUCUGGUUUUUGCCAUGGCCUUCUUAGCACAGUCCCCUUUGUUCAAUCUGAUAGGAACUGGAAAUGGAGAAUUUUCGAGGACAAAUUAAAUGAUUUUCUCGUGGACGUCGUGCUUUGGAAUCACAGGCGGGAAAAUGUAAGGAUCUUUUUGGGUUUAUGGUAAUUUGAGCAUUUUGCUUUGGCGCAUCAUAUUUUCUAAUGUUCUUAUUCAAAUUUUCUUGCUCUUCGAUACCCACAAGACUUAAAAAAAAAAGAAGAAUAUUGACUGAUAUUGUACUGCAUGUAAUAUCUGGUUUCUUUGAAACGCUCGAACAGUGUAAAUACGACAGCUACCACCAGUAUCUGUAUCGUGCAGCUUCUAUAGCCCAGAAAAGUAAAAAAUGUAACGGUUCUUAUAUUGAAAACUUCUCCCUGAAAAGUGGAAGCAAUUGUAUUUUGGGAUGACUGUUUUAGGUGUUCUUGUUUAUCAGGGAUUGCAUAAAUAACUGUUAAAAUGUAUUCUUUUGAAAUAAGUAGAUAGUUUUUCUAUUACAGGAUAAAGCAGCUUUUUGUAGGGAUGGAAACCCUGAAAUAAGUGACAGUUAACCUGUUUAAUAUUGUUAAAAAUAUUUUGUUGAA